AUGUCGGCCAAAUACGUCUUCACCAAGGCGCUCAAGGAGGUGCGCUUCCAGUUCUGUCAGACAUCCGAGCACAGCGCCGCCGUCCGCUCGUUCCUCGCCCGCGCGUAUCCAACAAUGAAGAAGAACAACCCAUCCCUCCCCAUCCUCAUCCGCGAAGCCGCCGGCACGGUACCAAAGAUCUACGCCCGAUACGAUUUUGGUGUGGAGAAAAAGCAGACGUUAGAGGGCAUGACCGACAAGCAGAUCGAGGUCGCCGUCACCGACUUGGUCAAGAGUAAUCCGUGA